AACAUGGCGGACGAUCAGUAGCGAAUUUCUUGCCACAGCAAUAAUUUUAAGAUCCAUCAACGAACAAAAUGCUUCAGCAUUGAGCGUAGCUUUUUGAAAAAUGCUAACUCCUGUAUUCGAACUUAGCCAAGACGAUGAGUUUGUUUUUGCGAUUAUCAAGACCCCAUAUGUCAAGAUUGCUGAUGUCGAUUUCUUCAUCAAUGACACAGAAUUUAAAUUUUAUGUCAAGCCAUACUUUCUGAGGCUUAAUUUACCAGGAAAGAUUACUGAAGAUGGAAGGGAGUCUGCAUCUUAUGAUGUUGAGAAAGGAACAUUUUCAAUAAAGCUUCCUAAGCUCCAUGCUGGAGAGACCUUUGAGAACUUGGAUCUGUUAACAACUUUACUAGCUCCUAAAAAGAAGGCCUCUUUAAAUGUUAAGCCUCUCAUUGAAGUUGUUGAAAGUGAUACCAUAACAGAAGUUGAUGACCAAGAAGAUGAGAGCAACAGUGAUGAGGAAUUUGACUGGGAAUUUGAGCAACAUUUACCUCAGGAUAAUGCAGAAAUUACUCUUGGUGAAACCAAAUAUGGAUUUGCCAACCAAAAGGGUGGAAUUUUUAAAGGCAGAGAGGCAGAGCUUCUUGAGAUAGCUGAAAUAACUGAUCCUGAUUCAAUGGCACCAAGUGAGAGACGAGGAAACAGGCAGGCAGCUGAAGAUGCCAAGUUUGAUGAGGAAUAUUAUUUGGCAGAUUAUUUCAACGUUGAUCAAAUUCAACAUCUCUUGGAUUACAAGCCUCCUUGGGACACUUACUUGCAACAGCACAAAGAAAACUCUUUUGAGGAUGAGGCAAAGUAUUCAAAUGAGCAAGAAGAUAAAACAGUUCAGUUUACAGCUGAAGAGAAAGACCAGCUGAGAAGACUUCCAAAUAAAGAUUACCUUUUUGAUGACAAAGAAGAGCUACCUCUAUUUCUUGGCCUUGUUGAUAUCAUCUUUGCUUAUGCUUAUAAUCAUCGCACCACAGAAGGAGAGAACACGGUGGAAUCGCCUUGGACCAUUUCACGAAUUAGCUCCACGUUCUCAUGGUUUGAUUCGUUCAGCAGCAUCCAUGAUGUCAUAAUUUCUUGUGCCCGCCGAUCUUUAUCGUAUCCUCUCUAUCGACACUGGUCUUUGGUCACUGCAGUUGUUGAAGACACCAAAAGAAUAUUUUCCCUGGGUCGUCGACAGCUAUUGAGAUGUUUACUGGAACUCCAUGCCCUGUGUCGGGAAGACGACCCUUGGUUUCUGUUAAAUGAUCUCUACUUGACUGACUACUGCGUCUGGAUUCAAAAAGCUAGCCGAAAGAAGCUUUCUUCUUUGGCGAGAAGCCUCGAACAGGUUCAGAUAAGUAAAGGCGACUUGUCUUGGCAGUUAGAAGAACUGGAACUGGCUGCAUGUUUGGUUCAAAAAGAGGAGGAGAAAACUGAUUCCGUUGAAAAUAUAUGCGAUACACGUGAAACUGAAAGCGACGAUGAGAGCUCCGAAAGUGGGGACGAUGAUGAUACGAGCGACGACGGCGACGGUGAUAGCGACGACGAAGAUGACGUAGGCAACAAGGACGACGAUUACGUGGACGAUCUCGACGAAAGAAAUGAAGAAAAAAAUUCUGCAACUGUUGUUGAGAGAGAGAUUUCAGAGGCUGGUCCUUUACUGAAUAAGGAGAUUAAAAAGGAUUCAAAUUAAACUCCUAUCAGUUACAAUUCUGCUGAUCUGCAAAGAGGAUUUUGGUUACAGACAUUGACAACAGCUGUUGGUCGCACGACUCUCCGCCCCUCCCCCUCGGAGUCCCACAAAUGUCUAGCCAGUUUCACAAUGGCCAGGAGUCGAUGGAUCUGCGAUAAACUUUGAUCAUUAGUCAGCAUUAAUCUGGACUGACCCGGUUCAAAUUUCUUUCGUUGAAAUGGCAAUCGAUAACACCCACAAUCUUAAAACAAUUUGAACCACGCAGUGUUAAGUGUCUAUUGUUCGGGUCCUGACAUCAAAACAAAGAAAGGUUAAUUUUUUGAAAAUUAUA